UAGUUGAGGUGUUCUUUAUUUGGGUAUGGAUGUCUUUUGUGACCUUGAAGUUGAUGUUAAUGGAGAAGAAGUUUUCAUGGUUGAUAAGAACAUCAUAUCAUGUUAUUCAGGAAGAAUCAAAAGGCUACUUGGUAAAUCAAAAGGUGGGACAGGAAACCUGAAGGUGAUAUUCCAUGAUUUCCCAGGAGGAGGAGAGGGCUUUGAGCUUACAACAAGGUUCUGUUAUAGUAAAGGAAAGAUCGAAAUAAAUCCUUUGAAUGUUUCUCUUUUACAUUGUAUUGCAAUUUUCAUGGAAAUGAGUGAAUCUUUUUCUGGAGUUCAAAAUUUGUUUGAGCAAACCGAUAAAUCAUUUGAAGAUAUCAAGUACUGGACAUGGUCUGAACUUUUGGCAGCCUUAAAGCAAUGUAAAGAACUGUUACCUGCUGUGACUUCUUCGGGACUUCUACAUAGAUGUGUUGACUCUCUAGUUGGAAGGCUUGCAUUAGCCGGUGAAGCAAGCCCCUGUCCAUCUACAUCUUCCCCUGAUAGUUCUGGACUGCGAUUAUCCACCGACACUAGAAGCACUGAAAGCUUAAGAAACAACUUUCGUGCAACAUGGUGGUUCGAAGAUCUUGUAUCAUUGAACCCACCCUUGGUUAAAAUGUUAACCAAGUCAAUGGUUUGGCGAAAAUUUGAUCAUGGAGUCAUUGUGAGGUUUCUCUUAUAUUAUCAAAAAUCUAGAUUUGUUACUGCCGGUGUAGAUGAUAAGUGCAAAAUCAUAGAGACAGUUGUUGAGAUGCUCUAUUCUUUGGAUCACAGUGCUGUUUCAUGCAAGAGUUUAUUUGGGAUUCUUCGAGUUGCUCUUAAUCUAAACAUUAAGAAAUGCUGCAGGACUAUCCUGGAAAAUAUGAUUGGUUUGCAAUUGGAUCAAGCAACACUAGACAAUCUGCUUGUUCCAUCUCCAGUAGCGAUGGAUCAUAUAUAUGAUGUUAAUCUUGUAUUGAGGUUUACAAGAUCAUUUCUAGGGACGGGAUUUUGUCGUGUCCCCCUGAUUCGAGUGCAGAAAGUAGCUAAUCUAAUGGAUUCAUAUAUAGCUGAGGUAUCACCUGAUCCUUCUCUUAAACCAUCGAAAUUUUGCAGCCUCGUCAGAGCUAUACCUGAUUUAGCAAGGGAAUCUUUUGAUGGUAUCUACCAUGCCAUGGACAUGUAUCUAGAGUCUCAUGCAGAAUUAUCUAUAGAGGAGAAGAAGAGAAUCUGUUGUAUGCUGAAUUAUGAGAAGCUUUCAGCAGAAUGUUGCAAGCACCUUGCUCACAACUCCAAUUUCCCCUCGAGUGCUUCUGUUGAAGCCCUUGCCUCCCAUCAGAAGAAGUUUAAAAGCUUGCUUGAAGACACAAAUCAACCAAAGCCCUCCAUUGAUUCUCCGUACAGUUCUGUGGCAACUGAAAAUAAGGGUAAGACAGAAGAGUCAUGUGAACAAAUUGUUCUUUAUGCCGGGAGGCUUGAUAUUUCAGACGAAAAUGAGAAGCUGAGAGCAAAUCUACAAGGUAUGCAAUGCAGGGUUCUGGAAUUGGAAAAAGUAUGCAAGAAAAUGCAAAACCAGAUGGCUAAGAUGUUAAAAUCAAGGUUAUCAGGCCAAAGUAACGCUAGAUCCUUACCAAGGCUAUGUUCAUGAUGAUAAGAGACAACGUGCAUAAGCAUAAUUACAGAACCUCGUCGUUCCCUUGCAUAUUGAUGUACAUAGAAGGAAACACAGGUUGUUUUUUAUUUCAAUUAGUGAACUUUCACUUUCUUGUUUUUCCUUUAUCUUCAGGUUCAGUAAAGGAGAACAGAGAGCAAUUAGUCCUGUAGAAAUGUGGUUUAGACAAUAUUAAUAAUUUUAAAGAAAGAGACUGAAGUUACUAGUUACUACACAGAAUCAUCCUCUGUUCCUUGCAAGUUUCAGUAAUGUAUAUUGUCUCAUACCAUAGUUUGCAAGUCGGAGUAAUGUGCUAUGUUUGCUCUCUUUA